UUACUUCUGACACGUCAACCAUCGAAUGUCAUUAAUUUAUGUGAUUUUGAAGAUUCUACUAGACUCUUUUAUAGUAAUGAACAAGUUGGUAAUUACAACCAUGAGCAGCUAACAAAACUUGAGCAUCCAAUUGCUCAUAUUAAUGCUCGCCAUUCAUCAGCAUUGGCCAAAAAGAUAUCCUCAGACGAUAUGUCUGGGUUAGAACCUGUUGUGUUUCUAGCAAAAGGUGCUAGGGUUAUGUUAACUAUGAAUUUGUGGUCAAGUGUUGGCCUCUGCAAUGGGGCUACUGGAACAGUUGUUGAUAUUAUCUAUCAGAACAACCAUCAACCACCUGACUUACCUAUUGCAGUAAUAGUAGAAUUUGAAAACUAUAGAGGGCCUGUUUUUAAUGAAAGCCGACCAUUGUGUAUCCCAAUAUAUCCAAUCACUGUCACAUCACAGACAGAAAUAGGUUUCCAUGAGAGACAACAGUUACCUCUUAGGCUUGCUUGGGCUCUAACAAUACACAAGAGCCAAGGACUUACACUUCCAAAAGCGUGGAUAGAUAUCGGCAAAUCUGAAAGAACUGCUGGAGUUUCUUAUGUUGCUAUUAGCAGAGUAAAAUCACUUGCAUCUUGUGUCAUUGAACCAAUGACAUAUGAACGAUUAACAAGCUUGAAAUCAUCCGCUAACUUACAAUAUAGGCUUGAAGAAGAAAACAGGCUAGAUCAGUUAGCACAGACUACCAGCAAUGCAUUUAGAUCAACAGACUAUUGA